UUAUCCAUGAUCAACUGUUGUGUUGACAGUUGUGGUGGUCGUUUAAGCUUGUUUGCUCAACACCAUCUUAUUACAUAUCUCCUCUUUCAUUCUCUAUCUCAGAAAUUCUUCAUCUUCAACCAUGUCGUCCACAACUCUCUCCCCUGUAACCCCUUCACAGCUAUGUUCUGGAAAGAGUGGAAUUUUCUGUCCCUCACAAGCGCUUCUUGUGAAACCAGCAAGGAACCAGAUGGUGGGGAAGGCCAAGGGGAUUAGAAUUGCUUGCAUGGCUACCAGCAUUCCUGCUGAUCGAGUCCCUGAUAUGGAGAAAAGGAAGCUCUUGAAUUUGCUUCUUCUUGGUGCUAUUUCACUCCCCAGUGCUGGAAUGCUUGUCCCUUAUGCCACCUUCUUCGCCCCUCCAGGGUCAGGUUCUGCAACUGGUGGUACUAUUGCAAAGGAUGCCAUUGGAAAUGAUGUAGUUGCAGAGCAAUGGCUCAAGGCACAUGGACCUGGUGACCGUACGCUUACACAAGGAUUGAAGGGAGAUCCUACCUACCUUGUGGUGGAGAAAGACAGAACACUUGCAACAUAUGGUAUUAACGCUGUUUGCACCCACCUUGGGUGUGUCGUGCCGUUUAAUACAGCUGAGAAAAAGUUCAUCUGCCCCUGCCAUGGAUCUCAGUACAAUGACCAAGGAAGAGUUGUGAGAGGACCUGCUCCCUUGUCUCUGGCAUUGGCACAUUGUGAUGUGGUUGAUGGGAAGGUGGUGUUUGUUCCUUGGGUCGAAACAGAUUUCAGAACUGGUGAUGCUCCAUGGUGGGCUUAGAAUUCUUAAAGCUGUGCCUCGGCUGUCAUAUAUUUAAAUCUGAAAUACAAACAAUCUGUUUUUGUAUUAAUGCAUAAACACAUUUUGUAACGCAGUUUGAUGCUGGUAUAUGAUGAAAAGGAACCUCAAUUGUCAA